CAUUCAUCAAAUUCUUAUCAAUUGAGUAUUUUUCGUGUGUGUUAGUUGAAAGCAGCAAUGGCCUCUGCAAUAGAACACAUCUUUACAGUAACGGCACUACUCUCCGUCGUUCUCUUCUCUCACUCGGCGGCGGAGCCUGUUCCGGCAGCUUGGCCGGAGCAGUUUCAUUCCGUACUAUUCAUGAACAGAAGCGGAUCCCUACAGAAAUUGGACUUAUGGUACGACUGGCCCAACGGUCGAAACUUCAAUAUCAUCCAAGAUCAACUCAAUGAUGUUGUAGAUUACGACCUUGAAUGGACCAAUGGAACCUCCUUCAUGUACACUCUCCAUCCCUCCGACCGCCACUGCAAGGUUGUCCAUGUUGAAGUUGGUAUCCUCCGUCCUAAUUGGCUUGACGGUGCUACCUAUUUGGGUCAAGAACAAGUUGAUAAUUUCCUAUGUAAUGUUUGGGAGAAAGUUGAUUUCAUUGUGUAUUAUGAAGAUGUUCUCACUCGAAGGCCUGUUAAGUGGAUCUUCUACACGGGCUAUACUGCUCAUGUGAUGACAUUUGAGGUUGGAGCAGUGCUUGAGGAUGCGCAAUGGCAGGCUCCUGAAUACUGUUUCAAUCAGACUGAGAAUAUGUUAGAAUCUGCUACUGUUCGUGGCGAUUCUUUUGGAAGUCUGAUGAGAGGCAAAGUCGAUGCUGCUGCUGCAUAGGAUUUGUUAAUUAUGAAAUGGUUCAAACUGUAUAUGACUAAUGUAUUUCCGAAUGAUUGUUUAGUUUAGCUAAAUAUUAACAUCAAUAGGUAUGAAUGCAUUCUGGUUUUCAUCCAAACUCGUAAAUCAAAUUUUGUCAGCUCAGCUAUCUUUUACUUUUGGGAAA